UGACUCUGUGAGUUUGUAAAGAAACCUGCUCCAUCCUGUAACAGCGCAACGACCACGUUUCUUAUCUGGUUUAUCGGAUCAUUUCGCCCGUUUAUUGUAUAAAACUGCGAUGCCUCCGAAAAAGGUAGAAGGCCCUGAGAAGAAACCCUUAAUUGGAAGGGUCGGGACGAACCUGAAGGUGGGAAUCGUUGGCCUUCCGAAUGUAGGAAAAUCCACAUUUUUCAACGUACUAACAAAGAGCCAAGCCGCUGCUGAAAACUUCCCAUUCUGCACAAUUGACCCUAAUGAAAGUCGAGUUCCUGUACCUGAUUCGAGAUUUGACUACCUCUGCGAAUAUUACAAACCUGCAAGCAAAGUUCCUGCGUUUCUCAAUGUAGUGGACAUUGCUGGAUUGGUCAAAGGUGCUUCAGAAGGUCAAGGACUUGGAAAUGCCUUCCUUUCGCAUAUCAGAGCUUGUGAUGCAUUAUUCCACAUGUGCAGGGCAUUUGAUGACGACGAUGUAACUCAUAUCGAAGGGGAAGUGGACCCAUUAAGAGAUUUGGAUAUAAUCAGUGAAGAACUUCGUUUGAAGGAUGAAGAACUUCUUAUGACAAACUUAGAAAAACUCGAAAGGACAGUGGCAAGAGGUGGAGAUAAAAAAUUGAAACCUGAAUAUGAUGCACUACUAAAAAUUAAGCAAAUCCUUGUCGAAGAAAAACACCACCUCCGCUUUGCAGAUUGGAGUGCAGCCGAAAUUGAAAUUUUAAACAAAUACAUGUUUAUUACGACCAAGCCAGCUCUCUACUUAGUAAAUCUUUCCGAGAAAGAUUACAUCCGAAAGAAGAAUAAAUGGUUAAUAAAAAUAAAGGAGUACAUAGAUAAAAAUGACCCAGGUGCCAUAAUAAUACCUUUUUCUGGAGUAUUUGAAAAUAAACUUGCAGAUAUGGACGAAGUUGAGAGAAAAGCGUAUUUAGAAGAGCAUAAGAUAACAAGUGCCCUCGAUAAGAUAAUCGUUCAAGGUUAUAAAGCCCUUCAACUCCAGUAUUUCUUUACUUCCGGCCCUGAUGAAGUCAAAGCUUGGACAAUUCAGAAAGGGACAAAGGCUCCAGGAGCUGCCGGAAGGAUCCACACAGAUUUUGAAAAAGGAUUCAUCAUGGCUGAAGUCAUGAAAUUUGACGAUUUUAAAGAAGAAGGAUCUGAAAACGCUGUCAAAGCUGCUGGAAAAUACAGACAGCAAGGUCGCAAUUAUGUCGUUGAAGAUGGCGACAUAAUAUUCUUUAAAUUCAAUGCUGGUGCGGGGCUCAAAGAUGCAAAGAAAAAGUGAUUCAUUUCCUUCUACUCGCUUCUGUACCAAAAUCUUUGGAAUCUUUUUUUUAAUCACAAAAGCCAAGAAUAAUCGCUUUGUACUGUGCAUUAAAAUAAAAUAAUGAAUAAAAUAAAAAUAAACUCAAUCUUGACAUUA